AGGCACAGCCAGAGAGAGCCAGGCACGGAGUGACGAGGCCAGAGCCAACCCCUGUGCUACUCAGCCCGAGAGCCCCAGCAUCCCGCCCAGUGCUCCCCAGUCCCUCCCCUUACUCCAGUGCCGUUGCCCCCGCCCCACCCCCCACCCCACCUAGCCUCCAGGUGCCCCCGGAACCUGCUACUCAGCGCCUCCUCUCCGCCUCGGCCCGCACCAUCUCAUCAAGGAUGCAGUUCGAGAUGCAUGACAACGUGAAGGGCAAAGCUAUGUCUUACCCUGUGACCAGCCAGCCCCAAAGCCAGAGCACCUGCUACCAGACCCAGCAAAGUGACUGGCACACUGAACUCACGGACUGCUGCAAUGAUAUGCCCGUGUGUCUGUGCGGCACCUUCGCCCCUCUGUGCCUGGCCUGCCGCAUCGCUGAUGAUUUCGGGGAGUGCUGUUGUGCGCCCUACCUGCCUGGUGGUCUCCACUCCCUCCGCACUGGCAUGAGAGAGCGCUACCGCAUUUUGGGCUCUGUUGGAAACGACUGGGCAGCGCUCACCUUCUGCCUGCCUUGUGCGCUCUGCCAGAUGGCUCGGGAGCUGAAGAUCAGACAGUGAGGACCCGCCCCAGCCCCGCCCACUUAUUCCUCCUGACCCUUCAUUCCCUUCCCCCUCACCCUGCCAAUAAAAUCAGAAACCCAAA